AUAUAUCACAUAUUUAAUAAACUACGACACAUAUUAUUUUUAUAUAAAAUAAAAUAUUUAAUAAAUAUUUUUAGUUUAUAACUUCUAUGUUUAUAAUAAUAAAAAUAUUUAAUAUUUACUUUUUAUUAUGAAUUAUUUUAAUUUUUUUCAAUUUUUUUUAAAUUUUGCCCUAUUAUUACUAAAUAUUAAUUUAAUUAAUUCAUAUACAACCCAUUAUAAUAUUAAAACGAUUUUACAUUAUGUAGAUGAAAAUAAUAAGUUUUUAUUUCAUGAUAGGGUAAACAGGACAGCAUGGGAUAAAAAUUGGAAUGAUAAGAUUGGUAUAGUAGCCUUAGAUCAAUGUCCUCAUAUCAAGAGUAUAUUGUUACCAAAAGAGAAUACAUUUUAUUGUGCAUUGCCCUACAAUGACUUGGAUAUUUAUGGAAGAAAAGCAAAUGCAUAUUCAAUACCAUGGUCGCAUUAUGAUGACCCCGAGCAAAAAUCAAUUUUAAAAAACCGUUGGAUCAAGGUAAUACAUAAAGAUGCAUUUGUAUUUUGUCAAUAUGAAGAUGUGGGUCCAGAGUUUGAAGAUGACUAUUCAUAUGUCUUUGGUGCAAGCCACAGCGUACCAGAAAGUGGAUAUGGUGGCUUAGCAAUAUCACCAGAAGUUGCAGAGUUUUUAGGAAUUAGAAGAAAAUUCAAACCAAUUAAAAGAAAAAUGACAUCCUAUGACACCUCACCUAUAUCAAUACCAUACGAAGAACAAUCUUUAACAUCUUCACCAUCACCUUCAACAUCGUAUAAUACAGCAUCUUCCCAACCAAAGUAUCCUAAUGGCAGUGACUCUACAAUAGACCCAGAUGUAUUAGCACCCUCGUCAACAUCCUCAUCCUCACAAGAUUCAAUUAAUAACAAUUCUUUAAAUACAACAUCAACACCAUCAAAUACAACACCAAUAUCAUCAAACACACCAACCACAACAUUGGUAAGCACCACACCAUUACCCACCACACAACCAAAAAGACGAUUAUCAUUUAAUGGAAAUAGUGCUGGAGAUUGGGGGGAUUGGGGGGAGGGUGAUGAUUAUAGUCCAUUCUCUUCAUCAUCUGUUAUUCCAAUUACUACAGAACCAUCAGAUGGUUUUAGCUCUGAUAAUGAUGACAUUAGAUGUUCGUGGCAAUUUGUUGAUGAUAAAGAUGUUCCCGAAGGUCCAUGGAAAAAAAUUAUAACAACCUCACCAAGUGAUGAAGUGGUCAAAAGUUUUCAAAAUAAUUAAAUAAAUAUAAAAUUGAGUUUUUUUUUUUCUAAAAU